GUCACACAUCUUGGUGUGACAAGGGACACAGCGAACGCGGUGCCAAACCCUUAACGAGGAGCAGGUUGACAGUCAGCCGAUGACGGUGGGGCAGGAGCCUUGAAGGUGGUACAGUCACAGCUGCGAUUCCGAGGAGCAUGGUGACACUGGGGCUCAAGGUCAAUGUCCAGCCCCCAGCCUGAGCCCACGUGAUGGGAGCACAGGCACCCAACGCAGCUUAGAGGUUGUGCCGUGCACAGAGCUCCACGUUCAGGUGGGUGCCACUCAUACUGUAGACGUUGUAUCUAACGUAAUGACUUCCCCACAGUGGAAGUAACUUGUCUUGAAGAAAAUGUGCCUUUUUCUAAAAGCACUAAAAUACCGUGUGGGCGGAUGGUGCCCUGGAUGGGGGCCUGAGCACCUCCACCUGAGAUGCAUGCAAGAGGAACAUCGCAGGGAAGAUGCAGGCUUCCGUUAGGGCCAGAGCAGGUCAGAGACCAUGGGGCUGAUAAGCUGUCUCUUUGGCAUGGGUCAGGCGGUUUUGGUGGGAAUCCCGGAAGGGCCAGGAGGGUGCAGUGGGAAGUCGGGCCAAGGGGGAGGAAGCAAGAAGAAAGUGGAGGUGAGAAUCUGGGGGAAGAGGGAGGACUUGGGGCCCUAUGUCUUGGUGGUGACUAAGAGUGACAGGGACGCAGUGGGGAAAGGUGACUUUCUCAAGGUUUGCAAAGAUAGAGUCAUGGUGGUUGCUCAGUGGGGGAAUAGGCAGGGGUCUGGGGCGGCUGGAGCUGGAGCUGGCAGAAGCCCUGAGCCCUCCAGACCCUGAGGACCCAGGGUUUCCGAUUCCACGCAUCUCUGGGUUCCUGGCUGCUCAAGCCGUGCUGUACAGAUUGGUGGCUCCUGGAAGUCCCCCAGAGUAGGGAGUUUACGAUCCUCUCUUUCCUCCACAUUCCCCUUCUGUGUUGUGUGUCUCAUCUCCACUUCUCUUUUCUCUCUUUGGGUCCCAUGCACAGAGUCUUCCCCGGAGCAUCUUAUCCUGGGCAUAGGCUGGCUUACAGGUACCAUCUUUUAGGCAACACAGACAGUUCCCAUGGAAGAAAAACAUGGCACACUUCGGGCUUUGCUGAAACGAACUUGUUACUUCUACACUCAUCUGGGGCCGUUCCGUUUACCUGGACAGCUUCAUCUCCACGAAGAGCAGCAGCCCCCUCCCCAAAACAGAGACAAGGAGAUACAGACAGGGGCUGAGAGAGGGGUCUGCAGCCCUGAAGGAGGGUCUCCUGCCUUCCUCGGAGACCCUCCCAUUCCUGGAGGAGGGGUCUUCUCUCUGUCCGCGGCUGGCCCGGUCAUUUCCCCCAGUAGCCUUGGACCCAAUAUUUUAAAAUUCCUGUGGUAGCCAAGUACUUUAUCAGGAGAAAUACAUGACUUCUCCCUUCCUGGGUGGGACCCUGUGAGUACACAGCGCCACACGUGCACGUGGCCCGUCUUCCAUGUUGGCAUCCUGGCAUGACCUGGCUCCCUGCCUGGGUCGGGGGGAGCCCGGCUGUGCCCGGGGAGCCCGGAGACCUGCUCUGUCACCACUUGGCACUUCAGCCAAGCUACCUCAGCUCCUUCUCCUAACAAAGGUUCCAAAGUGUCAGUGCCACGGGGAGAGAGGGGGUUAUCUUGCUUACUGAGCAAACAGAGAAGCUUAUAAAACAACCCCCUGCAGUGGGGAGCGUGCACUCUUCCGGCGGCCCUAGGGUGCAGCCGAUCAUGGGCAUGGGGCUCCGCUGCACCCGGCUCCUGGCUGCGCUCCUUCUGCUAGGGCUGUGUGCCCUGGGGGGGGCCCAGAAACCUGAUCCCUGCCAAUGCUCACGCGUGAGCACCAAGAACAGGUUGAACUGCGGCUUCCCGGGCAUCUCCAGCGACCAGUGCUUCUCCGCCAGCUGCUGCUUCGACUCCAGCAUCCCCGGGGUCCCCUGGUGUUUCAAGCCCCUCCCCAAGCAAGAGUCGGAGGAGUGUGUCAUGGAGGUCUCAGCGCGCAAGAACUGCGGCUACCCAGGCAUCAGCCCCGAGGAGUGCGCCUCUAGGAAGUGCUGCUUCUCCGACACCAUCCCCCAAGUGCCCUGGUGCUUCUUCCCGCUCUCCGUGCAAGACUGUCAUUAUUAAGAGGCAGUGGCUUCAGAGAACCCCUCAGGCUCCUUGGAUGUCCUGAAACUAAAGAAGAACGUGCACCAUCUUAUGGUUUCAGAUUUCAUGUUUCCCGAAUUCCUGGGUUUUCUUAAUCUGCUUUUUAUCCUUUUCAAUGGCUUCACAUGCAAUUUCUUCAAAUAAAGAAAACACUUAA